GAUAACAAUAAAAAUGUUUACAUCAUCAAUGUUUGUUUGUUCAUUGGUCAUCAUCAUCAUCAUCAUCGUGACCACAUUGAUUCGUCCAUCACAACAAGGUAUAUUCGAUACAUUUACCGGUGCAUUUGAUCUUUAUGAUGGUAUGCAAUGUUCAUUACAUAUAAUUGAAGAAUAUCUUGACAUUUAUAAUCGGCCAAUGUGUUGUCUAUUCUGGAAAGUAAAACAAAUAUUGGGCCAUAUUGCAACGAAAAAAUGUGAAACGCCUGAAAAUAUUCAUAAUAUACUUUCUGGUCAAACAUUGAAAAAUUAUGUCGAUUUUUCACGUAUGGAUUGUUCGAAAUAUCCAGAAAAUUCACCACAAUGUGAUUAUCUAUGGCUAUUCGUCAUGUUCAUUACUUUUGGACAAAUAUUUUUACUAAUAACAUUUAUAUUGACAACAAUCAUUUUAUAUUGGUUAUUACGACGAUCACGUCGAUUCAAUCAUCAUAUUACAACACCACCAUCAUCAUCAUCAUCAUCAUCAUUAUCACCAUUUUAUGGAUAUAAAUCCGAUUAUGAUUAUGAAACCAGUACUUCAACAUUAAGCAGUGAAAGUAUUGAAAAUUUUAACAAUAAUGACCAGAAUGAUAAUCCAAAUGGCUGGAAUUCGGUAACGAAAUUGUUGACAUUAUGAUCAUAAUAAC